CAACAAACGACGAAACUGAGCAGACACUGUUGUGAUUUUUUUAUUAUCAUAUGUGAAAGUAGCCAGGUGUUUUUAAAAUAAAUCUCAGUUUAGUGCUAAGUUAACAUCGGAAUUAUUUGAAGUAUGUAUUGACAAGAAUGGGAUGCUGUCUUAAUCUUGGCUAAAGAAAAAGUUUUAAAAAUUCCAACGUGGUUUAUGAUAAGCAGAUUUUAUUGCUACAUUCCCAGUUACGUCAGGAAGUUUGGGCCUUAUUGAAAUGCACGGAUGCCAUUAGCACUUUGGGAAACCCCUGUUCAUCCUCUGUCUCAUGGUCAGAAUGUAAAAAAUUAUGAAAAGGCUAAAGUGCUUUGUCAAGUCCAGGUUGCCUGCUGACUGGAGUAAUUUAUUUUUGAACUGUAUUUAAGUGAGCACCUAUGAUUUAAACCAGCUAUAACCCUUUCACUCCUCCUCAUUUAUAACCUUAACUUGCUGCUUGUGUUAUGAAGUUAAAAAGGGGUUAAAAUAAAAAAGAAAUUAUGGCGGAAGAUAAUAUUGUUUCAUCUAAGUUAGGAGUACUUUAUGGACUGGAUGAAAAUAUUAACCCUUUGAAAGCUACUAAUUUACUUCCUUGUUCUACAGAAAGUGAAGAUAAUCAAAAUAUGCUUUUCACUAACUCACAUGCUGUAUCCAUCAUACAAAAACUUUCUGAAUUCAGAGAGCAGUCAUCAAAUAUUUCAAACAAGUAUCAGGACUUUGGGCAGCCUGAAAACAUUCCAUUGGUAGAAAGGAGUGUUUCCUUUCAGACAAGUUCAAAUUGUGUGUCUUCCAAAUUGUUAUUAAACUCUAAAAGUGAUAUUACUGAUGGCGUUUCUAGCAUAGAUGAUUUAAAUUCUAAACCAGCUUGUGAUGUAUCAGCUGGUACAGUAUAUCAAGAUGAUCUAGGUAAGGAACACUACACAUCAACAUACCCUGAUAGCAGAAAAGCAGAACUAUUCCAUGCUUCAACUGAUAAACAAACUUUCUCUAAGAGUGAAGAUCUUAAACAGACAUUGACCUCAAGUGGUUUAUUUGAAAACCAUAGUGAAGCAGGUCCUGAUGUUGCUGAAUUCUCUGAAGAAGAACUUCGAUCAGUAGCUGAGCUUUUCAAAGAACCUUCUGCGUUUGACUUUUUUCAGAAAGCUUCCAAUUCCAAAUUACUACGUGAAUCUCCUUUGGGGCGCUUGUCAUUGUUUGUAAAAGAUUCAGCUUAUAAGAGUGGUCUUGAAGGAAGUCAGGAAAGAAGUGCUCAAGAUUCUGGACUUGAUAUAAGUGGUGACAGCAAUUCCUUAAAUGCUGCUUGUGGGAAUGAUAAAGAAUAUGAAGGAGCACAAUCAAGUUCAUACAUGACCGCUGAUUCUACAGCUGCUGCACUUGAAGCACCUGUUGAAAUUGAGGAUAAAUCAAUGUCUGUGAAAAAAAUGGAUAAAACAAGUUCUAGUCACCAAAGCAGUUCACAUUGUGUUCAGGAACACAAACUGUUCACUGAAGAAGAAUUCACCCAAGCUCUUAAAAUGCAGGAACUUCUUUUUCAUGAAAAACAAUUGAAGAGAGAGAAAGAGCGGGGUGAUCAAGUAAAGGUAGCGGAACGAGAAAAACAGAUGCUCAAGAACCAAGUUAUUGCUCUUAGUAAAAGUUAUCGAGCAUCUAGAGUUGUCUUGGAAGAGUUAUUGAGUAUAUUUUCCUUAUGGUUGACUGCAAAAGAGCAAGAGCGUGUUGAAAUGAUGAGUAACAAUCAAAAAGCAAUAAAAGAGCGAGACCAGGCUUUGGAAGACUUACAGAAUGUUGAAUCUGCAUUUGCUGAUUUGCAUAGGCGGUAUGAGAACUGCAAAUCUGUUUUGGAAGGAUAUAAGCAGAAUGAAGAAAGGAUAAAGUUGCAAGUAUCUGAGAUGCAAGUGAAAUUAAAACAGCAAGAACAAAUGUAUGAAAUGCUGCGAUCUCGAAUUCAAGAUAAAUUGGACAGUGCUAAUGCAGAAAUUGAAAGUGCCAAAAAAUCUGGUGAUGCAGAGGUUACAGUUUUACGUGCGCAACUGAAAAAAGCAGAAAUGAGGAUAUCAAGUCUGGAGAAAGAUUUAGAACAGAAAAACAAGGAAAACACUGAACUCAGCAACAUAUGUGAUGAUUUAAUUGCUAAAGUUGGGAAAACAUAAACCAUAGAGAUUUCCUUAGACAGGUCCAAUGGAUGCAUUCACUGUUGCAAAAAAUAUAUAAAGGGAUUGUACAAUUCCUCUCAAAUUACCACUCUGCUCAGCCUGUUUUACACUGUACAUUUGUAACUUAAUUAUUUUUAAGUUGUACAAAAAUGUGCAAAAAAUCAAGUUAAUUUAAUUUUAAUAAUUGUAUUGAAGAGUUUAACUUGUAUGUUGUUUCUAAAAUUUUCUGUCAUAAAUAAGGACAAAAGAGAAUUGUAAAUAUGUUGAGUAUUUUUCUUUAAAUGCUUGAAUGAAAGAUCUGUUGGUUAUAUUAUUUUUUCACAACUGUUAAUAUGUAUAAUACAGUUAGUUACUUAAUAUGACUAAUGUAUAAAAACGUUUCACAUGACAAAACUACUAGGUGUAACAUUUUUAUCUUUAAAUAUUCACUUUGUUAUUAGAAUGUCAGCACCUAUAUAGAAAAUUAAGUUAUGAAAAUUCCUGGAAUUUAGUUAUUACCUGCACAACAGCUGUAUAAAGAAGUUCUCUCUUGUGUUUUUCAUUUUAAACAUAAGUGAUGAUAUAUUUUGUGUACUGCAAAUGUAUUUAAAUGUGCUUUUUUAACGCAUAUGUCUGUCAAUAAUAAAUGUAACAUAAACUUGAUUGUCAAAUAUUUAUUCUAUGUUCAAAGUAUUUCUUGAAAGUUUCUGCCUUUCUGUCUCAGAAAUACCUAUCCUCAUUCUUAUUUCUGUUGUUUUAAUUGACGUUUUCCCUUCAAUGGUGCAAUUUGUAUUAAACAAAAAUACUCUUAAUGAGAAAUUCUUUCUUUGUGAUAUCUUAUUUGUAUAUGUACAUAUAUAUUUAAUUUUCUAGCAUCGAAUGAUAUUUUUACUUUACUUUGUUAAUUUUUAUAUUAUACACAAAUUCAUUUUAUUUAUUUAUUAAUAAUUAUAAUUUUUUAUUUUAUUUCUGGUGUUUGUUUUGUAAUUACUGUAUAAUUAUUUGCUAGAUUUUGCUUGAUGAAUCUGUGAUUAAUUUAUUCUGUUUGAAUGCAUGUAAUUUAAGUACUUACAUCGAUCAUAAAAAGUAUGAAUUUUAAAUUUAUUUCAAUAUUACUUUCUAAUUUAGUGUAUUUGAGUUUUAUUUUGAAUAGCCGCAUUACUGAAUUGGACUUUAUAGCUUCCAUUGCUUAUGUAUGUACUUUAAUGUAUAUACUUUACUGUUGAGCAUACUUUAAAUAUUAAUUAAAUUAAUUUUAUAAAUAUUGUCUUGUUGCAGAACUAAAUUUAUUCACUAUGAAGGUUUUUCUUCUCAGAAUUGAAUAAAAAGUUUUUGGCUUAAGAAGUGUAUGAAACUCAAUCUGAAAUAUAUUUUAAUAGUAAUUUUUAAGUUUAUAUUAUUGUCCUGGGUUUGAUAAGUUUUAUUUACUUUUGGAUGUUAAAAAGUUAAAAGAAAAAAAAGUUAAAUAAAUUCUAACAACUAUAUAUUUAAUGCUCAUGACAUUACAUAGCAUUCCCAUUGGUUACAAUUGAUUAUAACGAAGGGAAUAUUUAAAGCAUUUAUUUUUAUAAAAGAUUAUUAUUAGGGCCAUUUAUUACCAGAACAUUUUUUGACAAUUUUAUCGAUAAAGUUGUAGAUUUAAUUAAUGGGUUAAUGCAUAAGGAAGCACUGAAUGGAUUACAUUAUAGGAAAUUUGAUGCUAUUCUAAAAUGCAAUUCUAUUUGCCAAUGCUGUGCUGAAGCAUUUCUUUUUUCAACCAGAAUGUGACAAAAAAAAUAGUUUGUGAAUUUGCAAAUAAUAUCACUUAAGAAAAUAUUAUGUAACAAAGUAUGUGGGAAAAACAUAAAAAUCAUUUAUUAAAAAACUGUUAUUUGUUGUUUCUUUGAAAGUUUGUUAGAAUAAAUCAGAAUGAUCUUGCUA